UCGUACACCUUCCGUGCUCCUUUCCUCGGCUUCUCCCUUCAUAGCGGCUUAUCGCUUCCACACGUGUAGUCUUUCCUAUGUGAAUCUCCCUCUCCUGAAUCCACGUGUAAGCCCAGCCCGUUGACAGAAUAAUGUUUGCGAUUGUGUGAAGCCAGAGAAACCUGCAACCAUGGGGGCUUAUCUGUCGCAACCGAACACGACCAAAACCUCCUCAGAUGGCGGCAACAGCACCAUGAGCUACGGCUUCUCUGCUAUGCAGGGCUGGCGUGUUUCCAUGGAGGAUGCACACAAUUGUAUCCCAGAUUUUGAUGAGGGGACCGCCAUGUUUUCUGUCUAUGAUGGUCAUGGAGGAGAAGAGGUGGCUCUCUACUGCUCAAAGUACCUUCCUGAUGUCAUCAAGGAGCAGAAGACCUACAAAGAUGGCAAACUACAGAAGGCACUGGAGGAUGCUUUCUUGGCCAUCGACUGCAAGAUCACCACAGAAGAUGUCAUCAAGGAGCUGGUGCAGAUCGCCGGGCGUCCCAUCGAAGAGCCGCCCACUAAAAAAGUGGCAGACGAGGAUGAUGUGGACACAGAAGAGGCUGCUUUACUCCAUGAGGAGGCCACUAUGACCAUCGAGGAACUGCUCCUCCGUUAUGGACAGAAUAAAAAUGCUAACAAGCCAGCCACUGCUGGCGGCGCAACUGUUAAAAAGGCACCGGGCCGGUCUCCGGAAGCCUCUGUACACAAGGGGGAAGGUGAGGAAGGGCCAAAGAAGGAGGAGGCUGUGAACGGAGAGGUGGAAGAGGAGACCAACGGAACAAAGGACAGCAGCGGAACAAAGGACGGCAACGGAACAAAGGACGGCAACGGAACGAAGGACGGCAUCGGAACUAAGGACGGCGAUGGAACGAAGGAUGGCAACGGAGCAGACUGUGGGUCCAAGCUGCGGGCGUGCCGCCGAAGGAUUAGUGAUGAAGGCUGCGUCUCUGCAACUGACUGCGACGGCUCGGGGGGCUCCAAUGGCGAAGAAAAGGCCGCUAUUGCAGAGGUCGACGCAGGACCCUCGUGUUCGUCGUCCUCCAAAACCGAAGGCGAUUCCAAGUCCAAAUUCUUUGAUGACAGUGAAGAGUCUGAACUGGAGGGGGAAGAAGAAGAGGAGGAAGAGGAGGCAAGUGAUGAAGAGGGCGGCAGUGAAGAAGGGGAGGAGGCUGACAGCAGUGACCCAGAAGAAGAGGAUACUGAAGAGGGGGAGGAAGACUCGGAGGAUGAAGAUGAGACAGAAAUGAGUCUACCUGGGAUGGACGGCAAGGAGGAGCCUGGCUCAGAUAGCGGCACCACUGCCGUUGUGGCUCUGAUCCGAGGCAAACAGCUGAUUGUGGCCAACGCAGGAGACUCCCGCUGCGUGGUCUCCGAGCGAGGGAAAGCUGUGGAUAUGUCUUACGACCACAAGCCCGAGGAUUGGGUGGAGCUGUCUCGCAUUAAAAAGGCCGGAGGCAAAGUGACCGUGGACGGGCGGGUCAACGGUGGUCUGAACCUUUCCAGAGCCAUCGGUGAUCAUUUCUACAAGAGGAACAAGGUUCUGCCCCCAGAGGAGCAGAUGAUUUCAGCCAUGCCCGACGUGAACGUUCUGACACUCAACGAUGACCAUGACUUCAUGGUCAUCGCCUGCGACGGCAUCUGGAAUGUGUUGAGCAGUCAGGAGGUGGUCGAUUUCAUCAGCGAGAGGAUCAAGCCAGAUCAGAGCGGCAGCGCCAGACCUCUUUCGUCCAUCGUGGAGGAGCUGUUGGACCAUUGCUUGGCCCCAGACACAUCUGGAGAUGGGACAGGGUGCGACAACAUGACCUGCAUGAUCAUCACCUUCCAACCACACCCCUGCCACGCUCAGACCCUGUCAGAUGACACAAAGAAGCGGAAGCACCCGGAGGGAGAGGAGAAUAAGGCGGAGGGAGGAGCCAAGCCCGAGAACAACGGGAAUGACAGCAAAAAGCCCAAAAGUGACCAAAAGUAAAGAGGAACUCUUUGGGUGCGCCAAGUAGCUGGUCCACCAGAAUUGAAGUCCUGACCUCACAUGAUGCUCACUUUAACCAUGCAGCAGAAGGUUUUCUGUUUUAGGUGGAUCCUCACUUUACACUCACCCUUUCAGUUGUUUCUGUCCUUCGCUCAUAUCAGAAAGACCCCCCAGGCCCCCCUUCCCCAACAUACACACAAACACGCACACUCCCCCCCUCACUAAUGACUGGCACCGAGAGCAGCUCAUCUUUUCCCAAGCUACAUUUGUAGAACGCGUUCCUGACUUUUUCCAAACCCUUUUCUCUACCUGGCUUUUUCACGCUUUAUUUUUCAUGGGAGUUUCCCCAAGAGCUGCACAAUGCUCCUUGGGUGUUAUGGAAUAGUUGACGCCUCCGCCAAGUGCCAUAAAAGUUGUGAUUUAUAUCUAUUUGUACAUCUUUAGACUGUUUGGAGGCAGAGCUUAGAGGCCAAGUUUGCCGUCACAGGCAGUGAUGAGACCAAAUGCGUGUUUUGGGUUCUGCACUGCAUUGCAUGCAUUUUCUUCAGUUUGUCAACAUUUCUCCGCCCCUUCUUUUUCUUCAUUCCUACAAAUGUGCAUUGUUUAAAUGAAUUUCUGGAAGAAUUUUUUUUAUCUCCCAAAACAUUAGACGUCCAUCCAGACAUUCAUUAUAUCUCUGUUUUCAAUAUCAUUUUUUUUUAGAAUAGGAUUUAUCUUAAGUGAAGGCCAUUUGUGCCCAAAUAACAGUAGCUCUAAGAUUGCAGAGGCGAAGUUUGUUUUUGAGUGGUACAAUUUGGAUUCGGUUUUUCGAUGGUUCUCUGACUCACCCACAUCGCUCAUUGUGACUUGAAGUUGGGGUCUCACAGUUCCCUUUUGUACAUAGUUUUCUUCCCUCCUGUCCUUGUACGUGAAGAUAAAAAUCACUUUCUUUGUAAUUGUAAGUCAGUGUAACAUUUUUGGUGCAUUCUCUUUUGACUCCAGUAUGUAAGUACAUUCAAAUAAAUUUUUUUAAAUAAGCAAAA